AUGACUGGGAAUGUCGAUAAAACAAAUGUUUUUCAUAAAUUUAUUCAAAAUGUACUAAAUGUUACAAUAAAAAGGUCUGAAAGACAACAGAAUCUCGUGAACCAAGGGGAACAAGUGAAAGUAUACAUUGGUCACCUUUACGGAAGGAUUUCUGGAAUUACAGAUACUGAAAAUAAGUAUCUAAAUGUGGAAGAUUUGGAUGACGUGGUUCGUUCGAUAGUAUACUUGUGUAUACUACACAACAAAAAUGUUCUAGUGGACUUAAAUGAAACCUAUGUAAGAACAGCAAAUGAAAUUAGUAAAAUAAAUAAAAAUGGACUAACUAAUCAAAAUAUUGGAUGUAUUGAUGAAAAUGUAAACUCUAUAAAUUCAUUGAAGACUGAACUUCUUAGUGUUCUGGAAAAGGCCCAGUCGUUCCUAAUCUCAAACGCAUCAAUUUUGAUGUCGUUUCCUGAAUAUUUCACUAUUACAGAUAUCAUUAGUGAAAAUGAAAUAAAGAAGGCGUACUUGAACGUAACAGACGAAAAAAUAUUGCUUGAAAUGUUCCUGGACUACGGCACAUCGGCACAUAAUUCGACAUUUUUACAAAAAAUGGUGAAUGAAAUGUGGGAAACAGACGAAAAUGUAGGUAAAGAAGUUUUUGUAAAAAUAUUUGGAUUACUGAGGAAUAGAUUGUGCCUUAAAACACUAAAAUCAAACACGUCAAAUGAAGCUAAAUUAUUAACAGAACUGUUUUUUCACAAACCAAUAGUGGAGCUUUUCCUGGAUAAUGUAGUGUCAGUAGAGUUGGAAUCAGCACUGAUUGUUUCAUCAGGAGUUAGAAGAGAGAUUAGUUCAUUUUUCGGAAGAUUUCUGGGAAUCACAACGCUGGACGAAGAACAAUACGAAGUUGCGAAACUCGUUGGUAUUAAACAAGCAUAUGAAGGAGCAAAAGUGGAUAGAACGAGUGACUUUUAUGGAAAAAAGGAUUUAAAUCACCUAAAGUCAGUGUUUAACUCUAAAAGGUUUGAAAGCGAGCACUCAAUGAAUAAUUUUGUGCAGUUGGUAAAGGUUAUUUUAAAAGUAGACUCGGUAGUGAGAAACAGGUUUUUAUCGGUAAUGGGAAUGUUUAUAUCGUUUAACAAUAAUCGCAAAAAAAUGUAUAGCCUAUCACAUAUUGAUGCGCCUCCAGUCUCAUUUGAUGAGUUUUACUUUAGGAGACUGAUUUUGUUGCCAGAUAAUUCAUUUGGGUUUUGCGUAAACUUUACGUGGUUGCUACUGUUGCUGUCCCAAGGAAUUACUAUACCUAAAUCGGAUGAGAUUGACCCUGCUUUCUGCCAAGCAGUUAAUUUGAUAAAAGAAGAAUUGGAAGGUUUAGAAAAUGAAACAACUGAAGAUUCAGAAUCAUUAGCUGAUAAGGUUCAUAAGCUUGGAGAAAUGGAAAAGGAAAUGAAUAAUACACUUGGAUUCUUAGCAACAUCAUCAUGCAUGGGAGAUGAAAACCAAGUUAAAAGUUCAUUAAAAUUAUUAAAGUCUAAAGCAGAGGACGUGUACAAUAGUAAGUUCAUAACUCAGAUAUUCUGGCUCACAAUCAAGUCAAUAAAUAUGAUGUUUCUCCCAAGUCUGCAGGAAAAUUUAAAAAUACUGACACAGACAUUAAAUUAUGCAAACUCCAACAUGAAUUUGGGAAUAAAUGAUGAUAAGCUUGCAAAUUACAUUUCUUACGUGUAUGUUUGGAGGACAGCAAUUCAGCACCCAUCGUUCCUUAAAGCCCUUUGGCACUUUGUAAAUAUAUCGCUUAGGUUAUUUCUUCGUUGUUUCUUGUUGUAUGAUAAGGAAGGUAAUGUAAAGUCUGACUACAAGAUUUUGUAUGAUAGCUCAAGUAAUAAAUUUGGACCGAUGGUGGAGAAGUACUGUGAUAAAGUUCUGAACACGGAUGUUGGAGUAUCAUCGCCACAGUUUACAGUGUUGCCAGUAGAUCUUAUAGAAACUAUUUUGGAUUUGAUAAAAAACAUGACAAUCUUGAGACAUUACGACCACUAUAUAAAGCCAAAUGACUCGGACCCAUUGAGUUUUAUGGAUUUCGAGCUGGUGAUAACGGUCUGCAUAUUUAUAAUGAAGAGUCCAAACGACGUUAUCAAAAACAUACACAUUAAGUGUGACAUGGCUUGUUCAACAAUUUUAUACUUGUGUAAGUUCUCAAAUGACUCGAUGUCAAGGUUCGAGAGCAUUAACGUUUGCAAGCUACAUCUAAUGUAUUCACUUGUUAGGACGUUCAUAUCGUCACAAAAGUCGAACUAUAACACAAGAAUAUCAUCAAGGUUAAACAUAAUUCAAAGUUUUACUCAAUUUUUUGUCCUAGAAUCAUAUAGGAAGAACUUCGUGACAUGUAUCAUAUCAAAGAAGGACCUGUUCAUCCAGUUCAUGCACCUGCUGCUAAAUGACACAAACUUCCUUAUUGAGGAGGUGGUAUCGUACUUGACAGAGAUUAGGAGACGUGAAAUCGCCGGAAUAUCAUUGGAUGAAACAACUAGUGAGGAUCAUCAAUCCACAGAGAAUAAUGAAAACUCAGAUGAUCAGUACGUUCAGGAUGGUGCAAUUGACGCUAACCAGCUAAGAUCAAUGGCUGGACCUGAGCUCAAGGGAAGGACUAGAAGUUUUGUGGAGUAUGGGUUUGAGAUUUGUUCACUUUUAAAUAUUCUCUGCUCAGAGUUCCCAUCUGACAUCACCAGUAGUUCUGUUCUUUUACCUCAGGUGGUUACAUGUCUGGGGUGCUGUUUGGAAAGUCUGGCGGGGCCGAAAUGCCUUCAACUUAAGGUCAAAAACAUGGAUGAAUACGGAUUUAAGCCAAAGGAAUGGCUUUCUAAGAUCAUGCAGUGUUAUAUAUCGUUGUAUGAACACAACGACUCUGAUGAGGUUACCCCCUUUGUAAAGGCCGUAGUCAAUGACGAGCGAUACUACAAACCUGAAAUUUUCAACCGAUGCAUAAGGUUUUCCACACGAGAAAUGUUCCUUAACUACAGAAACAUCAAAUCAUUUAAUAAUCUUAGUAAUAAGCUUCUCGAGUAUGCCAAACAAACCACCAUGUUAUACGAUAAUGCAGUUAACGAUGAGAUACCUGAGAACUACCUUGACCCUAUAAUGAUGGACAUUAUGGAGGAUCCUGUCUUGCUACCAACUAGCGGUAAGAUUAUGGACCGCAAGAACAUUGAGCGUCAUUUGAUGUCUGAGUCCACUGAUCCUUUCACUCGUGCACCUCUUGAGCGUGACCAACUAAUUGAGCAGCCUGAGCUCAGGGAGGAGAUUUCUAGUUUUUUGAAAUCAUUAAUCAAAUCAAACUCUACUUCAACGUAA